AGUUGUCUACUUAAUGUCAAGAUUCUUAAGACAUACUUCAUAUAGUAAGCUAAGCAUAUAUAUAUAUAGUAAGCUUCAUAGAGGGUUUCCACUAAUCUGUGACUUUUUGUCAGAAUCAUAGUCAACUAUAUAUUAAGCUCAACAUGUCUUCAAAUUAAAGCAAUAAACACGACAUGUUUGUCUUAUUUAUUAUUUCAUUUUUGUAUUAAGAAAUUAGAAAAUGGUGCGCACGUAAUAUAAUCAUGGAACCCACAUAACAUAAAACAUCUGCAUCAUCACCUAAAAUAACAAGAACCAAGUCUUCAGAAAACGAGGCACCCACUAAGACAAAACAUACUAGCACACAAGUGAAAGAACUCAACUUAUGUAUUCUUAUAAAUACUUACAUUUCAACCAUCUCUGUACAACAGAUUCAUACAAAAAAAAAAUGGAACAAAAAACAACCCAAAAGAAGAAAACAAAAGAAAAGAGCAAAGACAACAACAAAAAGACCAAGUUCGUUGGAGUCAGGCAAAGGCCUUCAGGAAAAUGGGUGGCAGAGAUCAAAGACACCACACAAAAGAUACGAAUGUGGCUUGGAACCUUUGAAACCGCAGAAGAAGCUGCUCGAGCCUACGACGAAGCUGCCUGUCUCCUUCGUGGCUCCAAUACUCGCACCAACUUCGCUAACCAUUUCCCAAACAACUCGCAGUUGUCUUUGAAGAUCAGAAACCUCCUUCACCAGAAGCAGAGCAUGAAACAACAACAACAAAAGCAACAAAACAAACAUAUCUCUUCUAUCGCCGAAUGCAACAUCAAUUACACUUCGCCUGCUACUAGUCCCACGGCCAGUACCACGACCACAAUGAUGCCGCUCAAUGAUGUGUACCGCCCUGAUUCAACUAUCAUAUCACAACCAGAAACCGAAAGUAUCCACUUUCCUUACUCUUGUCCCUUUGUCUCUGGAUUCAACCACCAGGUCCCUAUGACUCAUGGAGGGGAGGAAACGCAUGAACAUCUCAACAAUCCGUACUCAGCCGAUCACCAUUUGGGUCUAGCUGAUAUCGAAAGAGAAAUAUCGGCGUCCCUAUAUGCAAUGAAUGGAGCUACCACAUACUACAACAACAUGAAUGCAGAAUAUGCAAUUUUCGAUCCUACGGAUCCCAUUUGGGAUCUCCCUUCACUAUCUCAACUCUUCUGCCCUAUAUGA